ACCUAACCAAAAAAUAGUGGCGUGUGGGAAGAGAUAGAGAGCGACUGAGAGAGUUAAGAAUCCCUCUUUAAUUAUAUGCAACACGACAUUGUAUUUAUGAAAAUUUCCAAUAAUCAGAAAGAAGAGGAUGAUGCUCUGAUGAUGCUCUGCUGAUUCUAAUGAAGGUCAAAGUUUUUAGGUAGAACGGAAUUAUCCCUAAUUUAGCUCUCUCUCUCUCUCUCUCAAAUUCUCCUGUUCCGCCAUGCCACCCUCUUCGUUCUCUCUCCUCAUCUUCCUCACCUUUUCGUGUCUAUACCCAUUAAAUUCACAUGCCCUGAAACAACCAGUACGUCCAGAAGACAUACUUCCACUGUUGCCCAGACAGGUCUCAUGGCCUAUCCUCAACUCUCUCCGCAGUGCCGUCGAUCUCUUGCCCACUUUUGUCGGCGCUGCUUCUUCUUCUUCCAACAACUCUUUGGAGUGGAAAGGGGCUUGCUUUUACAAGAACACGGCUUGGAUGGAGUUUCACAACAAAACUGGCAGCGAAUUUGGUGGAGGCACUCUUCAUCUUAAGGUUGACAAAGCCCAUAGUUGGACAUGUAUGGAUCUUUAUGUGUUUGCAACUCCAUACCGUGUAACAUGGGACUACUAUUUUCUAUCGCGUGAGCAUACCCUUGAAUUUAAGGAAUGGGAAGGGAAAGCAGAAUUUGAAUAUGUGAAAAAUAAAGGGGUCUCAAUUUUUCUCAUGCAAGCGGGGAUGCUGGGAACUCUUGAAGCACUGUGGGAUGUCUUCCCCUUAUUCACAAACACUGGAUGGGGUGAGAACUCAAAUAUUGGGUUUCUCAUGAAGCAUAUGGGUGCUUCCUUUGAACAACGUCCUCAGCCAUGGGUCACAAACAUUAGUGUUGAUGAUAUUCACUCUGGGGAUUUCCUUGCAAUAUCGAAAAUUCGGGGCAGAUGGGGUGGCUUUGAGACUCUGGAGAAGUGGGUGACUGGAGCUUAUGCUGGUCAUACAGCCGUUUGCUUAAAGGAUUCUGAAGGAAAUUUAUGGAUUGGGGAAUCUGGACAUGAAAAUGAGGAGGGACAAGAUAUUAUUGCUGUUUUACCAUGGGACGAGUGGUGGGAUUUUGAGCUGACUAAAGAUGAUUCCAAUCCGCAUAUUGCAUUGCUUCCUUUGCAUCCUGAUAUUCGGGCCAAAUUUAAUGAGACUGCUGCUUGGGAGUAUGCACGAAGUAUGUCAGGGAAGCCGUAUGGUUAUCAUAACAUGAUAUUUAGCUGGAUAGACACUAUUGAUGGGAAUUAUCCACCACCAUUGGAUGCUCAUCUGGUUGCUUCUGUUAUGACUGUUUGGAAUCAAAUACAGCCUGCAUAUGCUGCCAACAUGUGGAAUGAAGCCUUGAAUAGGCGACUUGGAACUCAGAACCUGAGUCUUCCUGAAAUUCUUGUAGAAACUGAAAAAAGUGGGCCAUCUUUCGAUGAAUUGCUGAUGAUUCCCGAGCAGGACGAUUGGGAGUACAGUGAUGGGAAAUCAACGUCAUGUGUUGCUUUCAUACUUGAGAUGUAUAAGGAAGCAGGAUUAUUUGAUCCAUUUGCAAGCUCCAUUCAAGUUACUGAGUUUACUAUAAAGGACGCAUACACACUCCAGUUUUUUGAAAACAAUUCAAGCCGCCUGCCAAAGUGGUGCAAUGACGGGGACAAUGUGGAGCUCCCUUUUUGUCAAAUUAAAGGGAAGUAUCGAAUGGAAUUACCGGGAUACAAUACCAUGGAUCCGUACCCCCAUAUGAAUGAAAGGUGUCCAUCCCUUCCUCCCAAAUAUUCUAGGACUGUCAACUGCUGAAAAGCAUUCUCAGUUGUAUCUCCCGCUUGUAGUUGUUAUUCGGAUGGUUGGUUGGUAUAGUAUCAGGCAUUCGGCUAGUGUAUUACUAUUUGUUAUGAUUGUAUCGUCUGGUGCAAAGGCAUGUUGAUUUUGGUCAAUAUUAGUUGUAAAUUUUGGGCGUCACACAAUGUUAAACACUAUAACUUGACUGUUGUAAAGGAAUUGGAAAUUGGAAUGAAUUAUAUAUUUGUUUGUUUCGUAGCA